AGUGAACUAGGAUUUGGAAAGCUAGAGUCUUAUGAUAAACUUCACAAACUUGGCGAGGGAACUUACGCAACGGUUUUUAAAGGCAGAAGCAAGUUAACAAAUGAUUUCGUAGCCCUUAAAGAAAUUCGUCUAGAACACGAAGAAGGAGCGCCCUGCACAGCUAUAAGAGAAGUUUCCCUACUGAAAGAUCUAAAGCAUGCAAAUAUUGUCACAUUACAUGAUACGAUACAUACCGAACGGUCGCUAGUUUUAGUUUUUGAAUACCUGGAUCGUGACUUAAAACAAUAUAUGGAUUCCUGCGGUUCUAUUCUAGAUAUGAGCAAUGUUAAGAUAUUUUUAUUUCAAUUACUGCGAGGAUUAGCUUAUUGUCAUAGUAGAAGAGUUUUACACAGGGAUUUAAAACCUCAAAACUUACUGAUCAAUGAGAGGGGAGAGCUAAAAUUAGCAGACUUUGGCCUUGCAAGGGCUAAAUCUGUUCCGAGUAAAACGUAUUCAAGCGAAGUUGUAACUCUUUGGUAUAGACCACCAGAUGUUUUAUUGGGAUCUACUGAAUAUUCAACAUCAAUUGAUAUGUGGGGUGUCGGAUGCAUAUUUUACGAAAUGGCGACUGGGCUACCAAUGUUCCCCGGAUCGUCGACAGAGAAUCAACUACAGACGAUUUGGGAGAUUCUUGGCACGCCAACUGAAGAAGAGUGGUCAGGACUAACUAGAAAUCUUAAAGUUAAUUCACUAUCCUUUCACGAUUGUAAAGGAGAGCCUCUACGCAAUCGCGCCCCGCGGUUGGAAGCUGAUGGACUGGAUCUUUUAGCAAAGUUUCUGCAGUAUAAAGCAAAAAGUCGCAUAAGUUCCGCUGACGCAAUGAAACAUAAAUAUUUUGAUUGUUUUGGCCCAGAAGUGCAGAUACUGAAAGAUAGUAAGAUUCUCUUUAAUUCGUCCUGA